AUGGCUGAACAUGUAACUCCCCGUGACAUCAUCAUCUCGGGGGCCACCAUCACCCGCAUCUCCCGUGACCAGGACCUGAAAUGCCGGCUGCUGGCGCGGUACUCCCAGCGCUGGGUCAAGUCGGUCUGCCAGAACCGCCUGCGUCUGUCCGGUGACCCAGCAGUCAACCCACCACGCUCAGCUGUUGUGGGCAUGAUUGCUGCCCCGCCGCCCCUCGUGAGGACGUCACCCAGGCACUGUGCCGCCCUGCAGUGCCUCUGUCAGUUCAUCGAGGAGCAUCUCGAGUACAAGCCUCAGGGUAAAUGUCUCUUCUGCAUCGACAUGGCGCAGUCAAUGCACGGGGGAGUGCUUUGAUUCUACCCAAAGUUGGACCAUCACGACAGUUCCUGGCUGACGCUGUGCUGCUCUUCCUUGGGCCUCCUGGAGUCAUUGUCGGGCCGAUCGC